AUGCGCGACCGUUCAAUGUGUAACGAUCCAAAUCAGAAUCCUGUGCUACACGUGUGGUUUGCACGGGACAAAGGUGCCAACUACGGCUUUUGCGAAAUUGCAUCCCAAGAGGAGACAGAGCGCGCUCUGCAGCUGGAUGGCAUGCUGGUUUUAGGUGUGCCCGUUUCCAUCAAGCGGCCGAACGACGCAGUGAGCCCGAUGGGCAUGAUCGGCGGUGUUCCUGUGGGUAUGCAGAUGCCAGGUCAGGGUGGCAUGCUGGCUCUGCCCUCUGCACAGGUGAGCGCUACCAGUCCAGUGAUAAGGAUUGAUGAAAUCUUGAAGGUCGAUGAGAAGACGACAGAGGACGACUACAACGAUGUCAAGGAAGACAUGCAAGAAGGUUGUGGAGCACAUGGAAAGCUCGUCAUGGUGGUUAUUGUAAAGCCAGAGCAUGCGAAGGGCAAUGCUACCUUGAAGCCAGGUGAUGUCUACUUGCAAUGUGCGACCACCGAUGAUGCCACCAACGUGAUGAGAGCAAUGGGCCAUCGCAAGUAUGAUGGCAGGCAAAUCUCAAUGACAUCUUAUGAAGAAAGCAAGUUCAAUACUGAGAUCAGGCCGCUUUUUUGA